UACUAAGAUUUUUGUUUUAUCUGAAAAGCAUCAAUCACUAAUUAAUAAAAAUAAUUACAGCAAGAACUAAACUAAUCGAUCAAGUGUUCUGAUUGGUUGUUACGACAUUAGCAGUUUAGAACCAAUCACGUUUGACCUACAUCGAUAUAUGAAAACAUACCAACAUAAAAACUAGUAAAAAAUUAAAAAUAGGGAAAAAUCAUACAUGAAAAUUUUCUAGGUAAUCCCUGCCGAAAAACAAUUUUAGUAUCCGACUAAAUACAUUUACAAUGUUGCUCUAACGUACAGUAACCUGCAUGUUGUGUUCGAACUGUAGAGGUGAUACAGUGACUAUAUUGUUGCGUUGUCCACCGUAAGGUACAGCUAACGAGAACCGUACAUCUUCCCUUUCCGUAUGGCUGCAUAUGUUAAUCGAACCAUAUCCAUGAUGGCUGGUGACGGGCCGCACAAUGUGGGGCUCAACAAUGGCAAUGUGCGGGUCAACAUGUCAAACGUGGACUCCCCGCUGCAGAUUUUCGUGAGAGCCAAGAAGAAGAUCAAUGAUAUAUUUGUAGAAAUUGAUGACUAUGUUAAAGAUGCCGUCACAUUUAUGCAUGCCGUGUCAGGCGACAGCAGUAUCGCGACCCCACAGGACGUCACCAAUGUGGAGGCGUAUGUUAGCAAGGUGCAGGCGAUUCGGGAGGUGCUCAAGAGGGAUCACAUGAAAGUCGCGUUUUUUGGCAGAACGAGCAAUGGGAAGAGCACAGUGAUAAACGCCAUGCUGCACGACAAGAUACUGCCGAGCGGCAUCGGACACACCACCAACUGCUUUCUACAAGUAGAAGGUUCUGACACCGAUGAGGCCUUCCUGCGCACCGAGGGCUCUGAUGAGAAGCAACCCGUCCAGUCCGUGAGCCAACUAGGGCACGCUCUGUGCGCGUCGCGCCUGCAGGAGUGCUCCCUCGUGCACGUGUACUGGCCGCGCGAGCUGUGCGCGCUGCUGCGCGACGACGUCGUGCUGGUGGACAGCCCCGGCGUCGACGUCACGCCCAACCUGGACGAGUGGAUCGACCAGUACUGCCUCGACGCCGACGUGUUCGUGCUGGUCGCGAAUGCAGAGUCCACGCUCAUGGUUACCGAAAAAAACUUUUUCCACAAAGUGUCGACAAAGAUAUCGCAGCCGAAUAUUUUCAUACUCAACAACCGGUGGGACGCCUCCGCUUCCGAACCUGAAUAUCUGGACCAGGUGCGCAGCCAGCACGCCAACCGCUGCGUGGACUUCCUGUCGCGCGAGCUGCGGGUGUGCUCGCCCAAGGAAGCUGAAGAACGCAUCUUCUUCAUCUCCGCUAAGGAAGCCUUGCUCACGCGCAUGCGCGAGAGGGAGAAGCCCGUCACGUCGCCCACGCUGGUGGAGGGCCACCAAGUGCGCUACUUCGAGUUCGUGGACUUCGAGCGCAAGUUCGAGGAGUGCAUCAGCCAGUCCGCCGUGCGCACCAAGUUCGCGCAGCACUCGCGCAGGGGCAAGAACAUCGCCUCCGACGUCAUGGCCAAGCUCGACCAGGUGUACAACAAUGCUACAGAACAGAAAUCCGCCAAAGUGGAGAAGCAGCGCAUUCUGCACGAACAGCUCAGUUCCAUCGAAGAACAACUGACUACUGUCACCCGACAGAUGAAGGACAAGAUCAACCGCAUGGUCGAGAGUGUGGAACACAAGGUGUCCCUGACCCUCAGCCAAGAGAUCCGCCGGCUGUCGGCGCUGGUGGACGAGUACGACUCCCCGUUCCGCGCCGAGCGCGCCGCGCUCGACCACUACAAGCGCGCGCUGCACCGCCACGUCGAGGCGGGGCUCGGCUCGCGGCUCAAGAAGCGGCUCAGCCACGACAUAGGCCACGAGAUGGACGAGGCCCAGAAGGAGAUGGCCGAGCGCAUGUACAACAUCCUCCCCAUACACAAGCGAGCAGCCGCCGCCACCGUGAUGCAGCCUCACCAGCAACCCUUCGAAGUGCUCUACCGCCUCAACUGCGACAACCUGUGCGCUGACUUCACCGAGGACCUCAGCUUCCGCUUCUCCUACGGCCUUACCGCCAUUAUACAGCGCUUCCAGGGCAGGGGACAUACUAAAACAGCGCUUAAGAAUGCCCCGCAAUACACACCGAUUCCAGCGACGAUUACACCGGCACCCAACUCCAUGGAGCUGACGCGGCCCAGCGGCGUCAUCGGGCCCUUCAGCGCCGAGGAGUGGAGCCUCGUGUCCAAGUUCGCUCUCGGCGCGCUCACCUCGCAGGGCACCAUGGGCGGCCUGCUGCUGUCCGGCCUGCUGCUCAAGACAGUCGGCUGGCGCAUCGUAGCUGUAACCGGGGCCGUUUACGGCGCCCUCUAUCUCUACGAGCGGCUCACAUGGACGGCUAAGGCUCAGGAGAGACUGUUCAAGAAGCAGUACGUGACGCACGCCAGCAACAAGCUGCGGCUCAUCGUCGACCUCACCUCCGCCAACUGCAGCCACCAAGUGCAGCAGGAACUAUCCACAAUGUUCGCCCGCCUGUGCCGCCUCAUCGACGAGGCGACCACCGAAAUGGACGAGGAGCUCGGCGAGGUCCGCGAGGCCAUCAAGAUGCUCGAGGACGCCUCCACCUCGGCCAAGAAGCUGCGCAACAAGGCCAACUACCUGGGCCACGAGCUGGAACUCUUCGACGACGCGUUCCUCGCACACAACUGAGUGACACUGCUGUGGUCUGGAAUGCAGCUGACAGUGAUCGCCGCCAAGCGGCGUCGCGCCGAAGGUAAACGUACGUUAUGUUCAGUGUAUAGUCUAGCGAAUAUACCUCUAUGUACAUUACAUUACCUACGACUUGUUGUUUUCACACGUUAUUUAUUAACUUGUUUUAAAGCGAUCGAAUUACGCGAAGGCUAACUUCUCGGGAACCGUUGAAUUUGACAUUGUGCUCGCUUGAAUGAAUUUAUGUUAGGUUUAUUGUGAUUUUAGUUUGUUUGCCUUCAACGCCGCGGUGCUACAUCUGUACAUACGAAUAGAGAAGCUCUCGAACGUUUAGUUUCAGUAAAACAAAUUGUUAUUGUAAUUUUAGGAAAUUCUAACAAGACAAUCUUAUGAAGUACAUUUACGCUGCUUGUGUUAUCUGUCUGUAUGUUACGUAUUUAUUAGUGUAUAGUUAUCGCUUAACUCCUACGUUCUGUAAACGCACGACGUAAUUCGUGCUAGAGAUUAUACGAAUUAGUUACCUAACAUUGAACUAUUACUACGUAUAGAGAACCGGCACAGAGAACUAGUGUUAUGCGCAAUGAGUUUUAGUUUUGACAACAAAACACAGAAGCGGAGCGUAAAUCUCGCGAACUAAACGCGUAAACGCCAUGAUUUUUUACGGUGCUUACGACGUUUUGGUUGCGACUACGAAAUCCAUUGUGUGGUAUUGCUUCUCUAUAAUAAUAAUAAGUCAAUGUUACCUAAAGGAACUGUAGGACCGGUACUUUGGCAAUGCGUUCGCCUGAAGUAUUGAUUACCUGUGAUACAACUUUAUAUGGCUUUUUACUUUUUUGCGUCUUCACUACACGAUUGCAGUGUGCGAGUUUUUGAUAACUGGUACUGCACCAUAUCUGUUUUACUCCUAAUGAAAUUGAUAAUCAAGUAAUGUUAUGGAUGACUCACGCUACUGGGCCGAGGGACAUAGCGCUCAAAGCAUUCAUUCAGAAAUAUGGAUAUACCCCAUGGCAAACAUGAUGGAAAUUUAGCGUGAGUUAUUCUUAUUUAUACACGAACUUUAUUGUAUAUUCAAAAAAUGCAAUCACACCAACGAAAAAGACAAUGUCCAUGUCACAAUCGCUUUAAUUGCUGAAAUUUUAACUUUAUUUUCGUGCACAAAACUUCUUUUUUACGACACUAUAGAAUUUUCAUGUAAUUAGUACGAUUGUGUCCUGGACAAAGACGCUGGGUCCAAAUAGAUCAAUGUCAUAUCUAAUUUGAAAGUAGGUUUCUAGUGUUGACCGACGCAACCCCGACGACGACUAAGGGUGUUUAAAAUUGGAUAUAUUUUCUCUUACAUAGAAAAAAGUAGAUGAAUCAGAUUGCUUUAUAAUGGAUUAAACAGCAAAAUAAAAACACGCUUGCCUCAUCCAACAUGAUAUUUUUAAAAGUAAUUAAUAAAUUUGUUAAAUAUAAAAAAGUGGCGCCAUCGUUUGGACUGAUUGCAUCACAACUUUUAGACGAUGCCCGGUAAGAUGGCGCCACUUUUGAUAUUUAACAAAUUUAACACAUAUCAGUGAAAGAAUAAGGAUCAAAAUCAAAUGGCGUUCUAAAAAUUUUAAUCAUGUGUCGAAAGAUAGCAGUAAAUUUACUGUGGCUCCAAAGUUUUAUUUGACAAUCGACCUCUAUUUCAAAUUGUCUUUGGUAAUGUACUUGUCCUCCUAUUAGUGAAAGCGAUUUGUUUGGACUUACCGUCUGUUGUCUGGCGCUAUAUUUCCAAGUACACAAAUUUCAGCAUUUAAACAACCGAACGCAAAGUCAACGUUGAUUUGUUGAACUAUUUUAGAUUAUUUAUUCACCCGUAUCUCGGCGACAUUCGCUGGUAUAUCCCUUUGAAGGAGUCAUUAGAGAGUGGCUAGUAUGUGGGCGGUUUAGAAAUCUAGUAUUUCUCGAAGUAUAGCCUCGAUAACGCCUCCGUGUGGAUAACCAAACUGGCUGCAAGACUUUGUAAGAAGCAAGUGCCGUUAUGAAAAAACUUUUCGAGGCCGUGUCAAAAACAAAAACUGUCAGUCGGACGCCAUGUCACCGAAGUGUCCAAACUGAAAUGGAUUAAUCCGUCUUCGGCGUUGAAACUACGGUGCGGAUAUUAUUAUUAUUAUUUUUUUAAAUUUAUAUCCGUAAUUGGCGUCAAAAAGGUUAAGUUAUCAAUAUGGAUGCAAAAAUAUAUCGCCUUGAGAUCCCAAUCGCGAGGCAUGAAAUAAAUAUUUUCUCGCCCACCUACUAGCCGUCUUACACACGAGUACCAUCGUCAACACAAUUACUGUUCGUACACCUUAUUGCAACGAAAUAAGGUUUAUUUGCGGUUAGUUGUUGAUGUUAGUACGUCUCAUGGUUGGGACUCAAUUCUCAGUACCAUCAAUUGAAAGUUUUCUUAGGUCAAUUGUAAAAAAGUAUGUUCGUAGCUGAAAUAAGUUGGUUGAUUUUUUUAUAGUUAAUUAAAUAACCGUUAAAAUUGCUGAAGUACAUAAUCUUGAUAUUGUGGUAACUUAUUUGUACUUUUAUCAGUAGAUGAGCUCUAGUCGCAGAGCUAUUCCGGAAUGAAUAAUCAGAAAAAAUAUGGUAUUGAGAAAAGAGUCCUGGGGCCCAUUUCUCUAACGGUAUCAGUCUAAUAUUAUUAGUGUGUUGCCAUGGUAACCCAUACGACUUGCAAGUACGUGGAUUAAUAAUAUUAGUCUAAUACCAUUCGAGAAAUGGGCCCCUGAGGGCCUACCGCGAACCACGUUCGACGUGUUGCCUCCCUGUCACACUUACGUACGAAUUUACUAGUGCGCCAGACAGGCAGCACGUCGAACGUAGUUCGCGGUAGGCCCUCAGUUCUCAUUAGUUAGGAGUGGGACGUGGUCCCUAAAAUUUGCCACUAGUUUUGGCUUGACAUCAUGUAUGGAACCUGCGGUAUAAACGAAAAAUUACAUGUCGUCAAAUGUAAAAAUAUAGCUGUCAAAUACCUUCUAAAUAUGCUCCGUUCUUAUACCGCUGUAAUAAGAUCGCCGUUAUUUACGAAUGUUGAUUAUUUCCAUAUUUUUAUACUAGGCUGUACAGUGCAUCGCAUGUUCAAGCGGUCAAUUUAUUAAAAAAGUUAACUUUAACCGAAAAUUCUCCACUUGAUCCUAAAAUUAAAGAGACUGUAAUAGAGGUGGCUUGUCAAAGAAAACUUUGUAGCCACAAUAAAUUUACUGCCAUCUUUAGACACAUGAUUAAAGCUUUUAGAACGCCAGUUGACUUUGAUCCUCAUUCUUUCACUGAUAUGUGUUAAAUUAGUUAAAUAUCAAAAAGUGGCGCCAUCUUACCGGACAUAACCCAAAGGUUGUGGCGCCAUCUCUCGAAACGAUGCCGCCAUACCUUUGGCCUUUGAUCUAGUAGAUGGCGCCGCUUUUUGAUUUUUAACACAUUCACUGCCGGCAACCCACCUGGUGGGCGCUCGUGAACUUUGUUCAGAUGCCGGACAACCCGCUGGUCGGGUUGUUUUGUACGCAGCUAUAGACCACCGGUUUCUGGGGUAGUGCGCCGUUUUUUGUCUGGCAGUGAAUGUGUUAACAAAUUAACAUAUCAGUGAAAGGAUAAGGAUCAAAGUCAAAUGGCGUUCAAAAAGUUUUAAUCAUGUGUCUAAAGAUAACAGUAAAUUUACUGUGGCUACAAAGUUUUCAUUGAUUAUCCACCUCUAUUUCAAAUUUUCUUUGCCUAAAAUUGACGCUACAGUUUAAACCUAUGUUUUAAGUGUUGAAAUUAAUUUAGUCCUAAAUGGAUUGCAUCAUUAAUACACCAUUUUUAAAGGAAUGAAAUAAUUUUAAGAUAUGUACUUUGCACAUUCAGCGAUAGAAAGGUAUUGUUUUAUGCAUGUACUUGACCGCUUCGAACAUCCGAUCCCGAAUUGUAAAAUAAUGAAUUUGACAUGUUGAUUUCGACAAUACAUGCAUGGGAGCCAUGUGACCGUUUGAUAUUUACAUUUUGUUGUCCACUGUAAUUAGUCGUCAUAAUUAGGUGAAUUUUCUUAUGUAAAUAAUAAAGGAUUCCUUUAUAUAAAAA